GCAGCGCGGGGCCGGCCGGCGGCACGGCGCGGCGCGGCUCCCGCGCUGGGCCAGACUCAGCCCCUUUCUCCCGCCGCCGCUGGCUGCGAGCGCGCUGCGGCUGGAGCUGCCCCCAGAGCGGCUUCGUGAUGGCGGCGGCGCGGGCUCGGCAGCGGGAGGCGCCCGCCCAGCCCUGCGCGCCGCGCCGCUAGCGGCAGCGCCCGUGCCCGCGGCGGCCGCCCCGGCCCAUGCCCCCGGGGGGAAGGGGGGCUGCAGCAGCCCGGCGAGCCGCCCACCCGCGCAGCGGGGGCAUCGCCCCCACUCGCCGCUCCUGGGAGGGCGGAAAGGAGGCAGCGGCGGCGCCGGCAUUGUGCGCGGCAGAUCGCAGGCCCCGGCGGCGCGGGGCUCGCCUGCCUCCCGCCCCAGCCUCAUGAACCAGCCGGACGGCUCCGCUGCGGCGGCGGCGACGGGAGCGCAGGCGAUGCCGUCGACGGGAGCCCACGUCGGGCUGUCGAGAUGCUCAAGUCCGUCACGGACCGACAGCGGUGCCAGCAACACCAGGGGACGGGCCGAGGAGAGCAACAGCAGUGGGCGGAGGAGCUCCUCCAGCAGGGAGUGUCUGAAGCGGAGCCCCCGGAGCCCCAAGGCGGAGGGCUCGGAGUCGGUGACGUCUCAGUCGUCCCCCAGUGAAGAGGCUGGCAUGAUGACCGAGGUGAAAGUGAAAACAGAGGUACCAGAUGACUACAUUGAAGAGGUGAUCUGGCAGGAUGAGACCAAAGAUUCCAAGAAGAACAUCAAGGACGGGCAGGGCGACGUGCCGGCGGAGAUCUGCGUGGUCAUCGGCGGCGUGCGCAACCAGCAGACGCUCGGGUCUUAUGAGUGUGGAAUCUGUGGGAAGAAGUACAAAUACUACAACUGCUUCCAGACCCACGUGCGGGCACACCGAGACACUGAAGCUGCCUCAGGGGAAGGAGCCUCACAAGGCAGUAAGUACCGACGGCGCCGUGGCUGCGAACACAGGACAGCCAUGCAGGUGACCCAGCCAGGCCGUGGCAGUGCUCCUGGCUGUGGGCUGACGCUGCUGGAGGAGGACUGGCUCGGUCAGGUGGCAGUCAGAGGCACUAGUUCUGAGUGUUCACAUCCAGAGUUCUCUCGAUCUCCACUCUUCGUGGCAGUGAAGACCCAGGGGAGCCAGUCCAGCAAGAAGCCUCCGGCCGCCAUCAACCGCUGCUCGGCGCUGCUGCACCGCGGCCCCGCCGCCGGCGCCCCCGCCUCCCAGGCACAGAUGUUCCGCGCCCCCAACUCCGCCUCCCCCGGGAGCAAGGCCAUCACAGCAGAAAGUGCUUUCAGCAGGAGAGUGGAAGGCAAAGUGCAAAACAACUUUGAAGAAGCCAACAGCAAUUCUCAGAACUCCAGUGCUGCUCACUCGGGGACAGAAAAGCCUAAAGAAAAGAGGUGUAAGCAGAACCCAGCAGAGCCUUACACCUGUGGAGCUUGUGGAAUCCAGUUCCAGUUUUAUAACAAUCUCCUGGAGCACAUGCAGUCCCACGCAGCUGACAACGAGAACAACAUUGCCUCUAGCCAGCCCAGGUCACCUCUAGCUGUUGAAGAGAAGUGGAAACCUCAGCUCCAAAGAAACAACACCAGCAACACGCCGCCGAGCGGCUCGGUGGGGAACAGCACGAUCCCGGAGAAGGAGAGGCAGAACAUCGCCGAGAGGCUGCUCCGGGUGAUGUGCACCGACCUGGGCGCCCUCAGCGUGGUGAGCGGCAAGGAGUUCAUCAAGCUGGCGCAGACGCUGGUGGACAGCGGCGCUCGCUACGGAGCCUUCUCCGUCACCGAGAUCCUGGGCAACUUCAACACGCUGGCGCUCAAGCACCUGCCCAGGAUGUACAACCAGGUGAAGGUGAAGGUCACCUGCGCCCUGGGCAGCAACGCCUGCCUGGGCAUCGGCGUCACCUGCCACUCGCAGAGCGUGGGGCCCGACUCCUGCUACAUCCUGACGGCCUACCAGGUGGAGGGCAACCACAUCAAGAGCUACGUGCUGGGCAUCAAGGGCGUGGAGCUGCGGGAGAGCGGCGACUUCAUCCCGCACUGGGUGCAGAACGUGCUCUCGGAGUUCGUCAUGUCGGAGAUCAGGACGGUCUACGUCACGGACUGCAGGGUCAACGCCUCGGCCUUCUCCAAGGCGGGCAUGUGCCUGCGCUGCUCCGCCUGCGCCCUCAACGCCGUGGUGCAGAGCGUGCUCAACAAGAGGACGCUGCAGGCCCGCAACAUGCUGGAGGUGAUCGAGCUGCUGAACGUCUGCGAGGACCUGGCGGGGUCCACGGGCCUCUCCAAGGAGACCUUCGGCUCCCUGGAGGAGACCUCCCCCCCGCCCUGCUGGAACUCGGUCACCGACUCCCUGCUGCUGGUCCACGAGCGCUACGAGCAGAUCUGCGAGUUCUACAGCAGGGCCAAGAAGAUGAACCUCAUCCAGAACCUGAACAAGCACCUGCUCAGCAACCUGGCGGCCAUCCUGGCGCCGGUGAAGCAGGCGGUGAUCGAGCUGAGCAACGAGAGCCGGCCCACCCUGCAGCUGGUGCUGCCCACCUACGUCAAGCUGGAGAAGCUCUUCACCUCCAAGGCCAACGACGCCGGCGUGGUCAGCAAGCUCUGCCACCUCUUCUUGGAGGCGCUGAAGGAGAACUUCAAAGUGCACUCGGCGCACAAGGUGGCCAUGAUCCUGGACCCCCAGCAGAAGCUGCGGCCCGUGCCGCCCUACCAGCACGAGGAGAUCAUCGGCAAGGUCUGCGAGCUGAUCAACGAGGUGAAGGAGUCCUGGGUGGAAGAGGCGGAGUUCGAGCCAGCCACCAAGAAGCCUCGGGGGGCAGGGGAGGCCACGGCAGCUCAGGAGGAAGAUUGGUUCGGGAAAAACGAAGUCUACGACUACUUGCAGGAACCUCUCUUCCAGGCCACCCCUGACCUCUUCCAGUACUGGUCGUGUGUGACCCAGAAGCACACGAAACUCGCCAAGCUGGCCUUUUGGCUCCUGGCGGUGCCCGCCGUGGGGGCCAGAAGCGAGUGUGUAAAUAUGUGUGAGCAGGCUCUCUUGAUCAAGAGGAGAAGGCUGCUCAGUCCGGAGGACAUGAACAAGCUCAUGUUCUUGAAGUCCAACAUGCUUUAAG